AUGGCCCUUGACAACGAAGUAUUUCAAGGGGGCCUCUGCCCUCCAGCUCCCCCCCGCGAGCAGGUCUGUGGGCCGCACACACCGAGUCAGGCCUCGCUCUCCCACACACCUGCAGGGUCCGCCCCGGACGUAGGCGCAGGCACCUCGCUGGGGGUCAUCCCCCGUGAGGAGCCCGGUGGACGAGGACGGGAGCGCCGGGCCGGGCCCCCAGGGCUCCUCACGGACCCGGACCACGCGUCGGCAGCCGUCCUGUCCCCGGGGCCGCUCCCGCAGGCUCUGCCCCCCGUUCCGGAGCCUGCCCCUGCGGGAAACCCGACGCGCGCGCCGCCGCACGACUUCCCGCGCAGGCGCAGUCCCGCUUUCCCAGCCCGACGGCCCCGCUGCGGCGCGUUCGCCGUUCCUCGGCCGCGGCUGCCGUCACUUCCGGCGGCGUUGCUAAGCGACUGCGCGCUUCGGCAAACAUUCCACUGGCUGGGGUCCUGCUCGCCCCGCGUCGGCGUCGCCUUGCAGAGUCUCAGAGUGCCCGACGCCUCGUCAGAGAUGCUGGCGCGGUUUGGAAGGCGCUGUGGAGGUGUAGGGAGGGCGAGGAAAAACACAGAAAUAAAGAACUCUGAAGAAGAUCAGACUCUCCACCCACCUCUUCUGCCUAGCACGGUAGAUCUUCGGCAGGUUACCAUAAUUCCACACAAUGAGUGGAAAAGGAUUCGAGAUAGCCUUGACAAUUUGACAAGAAAAGCAGCAUGUCUUCGUGCAGAGAGAAAGGCAAAGAAAGAAAUGCAUUUCCGAUCCCAAGAAGUAGUAAAACAUUGGACUAAUACAUAUGCAGGGAUGAAAGAACAGAAACUUGAAGCCAAAAAGAAGCGUGAUGAAGAAAUAGAGGCAGAAAGACAAAUUCUUGAUGUGGAGGAAGAAAUAUACAAACAAGGAGAAAGAAAAAAGGCUAUUGAAUAUGCAAAGCAAUAUCAGUUUUACCAGACAGAAAGAGUGAAGAACUUUCAUUCAGGACUUCUUCUUAGUAGAGUAAUGAAAGAACGUGAUGCACAGAUUGAAUACCAAAAGAAGAAAAUAAAAUCAGAUAAAAAAUGGGAAGAACAAUUGAAACUCAAUGUUGAAAAAGCUUUUAAAGAAGAACAAGAAAAAGCAGAAAAACGACGCAGAAACAGAGUGGCUCUUGCCAAUGAUCAUUUAAAACAAAUCAAGGAACAUGAAGAAGAGGAAGAAAGAAGGAGAAAACAUGAAGAAAAGGAUGCUGAAGAAAUAAAGCGACAGAAUUCAUUAUAUGAAUUAGAAAUGAGGAAAAAACUAGAAAAGAAAAAAGAAGAUAUAAAUGAAAGCAGAAAACUGUUUUUUGAACAUAUGAAUGAUAAGAAUAUCAUCAAAGCCGUAGAACUGCAGCAGCAAGAGGAGGAAGAUGAAAAGAUUAGGAAAUUUAUCAAAGCAAAAAAGCGUCUUAUACAAAUGGGGAAAGAAAAAGAAGCUGAAACACACAGGCUAAUGGAAGAAAGGAGAGAAAGAAUAAAUAACUUCCUGAGUGAGCUACUAAAAGAGAAACUUGACAAUGAAGAUUUGAUUAUUGCUAGAGAUAUUGCAGAGGCUGAGGCUGAAUGGGAAAAAAGAGAAAAAGAAAAAUAUGAAAAAAACAAAGCAGAAUUAAAAGCAAUUGCAGAAUAUAGAGCUGUUGUGAUGAAAAAUAAAGAGGAAGAAGAAAGACAGAGAAAACUAGAGGCUAAAGAACAAUUGCUGGCUAUCAUGAAAGCAGAUCAGAUUUUCCAGGAGCAUGAAAAGGAGAAAAAACGCAAAGCUGAUAAAGAACAUCGAGAAGUUCGAGAUGCCCAUAUUCAGCAAAUGGCCAAAAAUAAAUUUAAUGCAAAGCAAGAAAAACAAGCAGAAUUAGAGUAUUCCAGACUUGCUGAAGCGCUUGUGGCUGAAAAGGAGAAGGAAUUCCAAGAUUAUGCCAGAGAAGUAAUUGAACUGGAGUCUGAAUCAACAAAUAAAUAUAUUUAUCCUCUUGUAAAAGCUGUACAGGAAGGACACGGAGGUGGCCGUGGACCAGUUUUUGUGGACAGUGGAUUAAGACCCAGUUACCAGGCAAAUGAUGCCACUGGAGUCCAGCUUCCUUUUUAUAACUCUCAGGGAUCAAAAUACAGUAAUUUUCAAAAGUCUAAGGGAAGACUAGGUUUUACAUGGUAGAAAAAAGUUUAUUUUUAAGAUUGUGAGGACUAAGUUGUAGCUAAUAUGAACUACAAUUAAGUCAAUUUUAUGCUUAUAAUUUGUUAAUAAAUCUGCUUUUAAGUGCAA